AUGGCCGCCUACUCGAGCGUCGUCUCCAAACUGGAGGCCGCCGCGGAUAUCCCCGAGGAGGCACGUCUCGCUUCCCACCACGUCAAGGGCAGGGACGGGAAAACUGUCAAGUUCCGCAACCCGCACCCGUCCGCCGGCGGCCCGCCACCUUCCCCGCUGGCCAUGGGCCCCAAGAUAUUCUGGACCGUCAUAACAGGUGGCAUGCCCUGGCCCAACGUCUCGAACGUCAAGAUGCCCGUCGUCAAGCCCAACUUCCUGGCGGGGCGGACAGAAUCCACAGCGUUGCGCGCCACCUGGCUCGGCCACGCAUGCUAUUUCGUCGAGUUCCCCGGCGGGCUGCGCGUCCUGUUCGACCCCGUGUUUGAGGACCGCUGCGCCCCGACACAGUGGUUUGGCCCCAAGCGGUACACGCCGCCGCCGUGCCCGCUCUCGGAACUGCCCCCGGUCGACGCCGUGGUGAUCUCACACUCGCACUAUGACCACCUCUCGCACAGCAGCGUUCAGGAGCUCGCCAAGCGGAACCCGAAGGCGCAGUUUUUCGUCGGACUGGGGUUGGAGAAGUGGUUCCGGUCUUCCGGCAUCGCGAACGUGACCGAGCUCGACUGGUGGCAGGACGCAGACCUGGUCCUGCGGAAGGAGGCGGACGCGACGGCGGGGAAGCCGGGCCAUGCCGCCACGGAUGACAACGCCGGCGCGCCAGACACCAUCUCGGCGCGCAUCACCUGCCUGCCGUGCCAGCACUCGUCGGGCAGGACGGGCGCGGACCACGACACGACGCUGUGGGCGUCAUGGGCUGUCAAGUCGGGCGGCAAGUCGGUUUGGUUCGGUGGCGAUACGGGCUACCGUAGAGUCCCUAAGCUUCCGGUGGGCGUUGACGACUACGGGCCGGAAUACGACUCGCUGCCGCGGUGCCCGCAGUUCCGCCAGAUUGGCGAGCUGCGGGGCCCCUUCGACCUGGGCCUAAUCCCCAUCGGGGCGUACCACCCGCGGUGGCUCUUCAGCUACAUGCACGCCAACCCGUACGACGCUGUUGAGAUCUUCAAAGAGACGCGGUGCAAGCGCGCCAUGGGCAUCCACUGGGGGACAUGGGUUUUGACGAGCGAGGAUGUCGAGGAGCCUCCCAGGCUGUUGAAGGAAGCGCUGCGGACGAGCGGGAUCCCCGAGACAGGUGUCUUUGACGUCUGCGCUGUUGGUGAGACGCGCGCGUUUUGA